AUGAACGUAUCGCUGCAGAAUGGGCUGAGCCAGCUGAAAUGGAUCCGCUUCAAGCACUCGAGGGCGCCUCUGAUGGACAUGGAGAGGUUUGACGACGCAAGUCGGGGCACUUUGGGUGCUUUGAAACUGUUGAUAUUCGGCCGGGGAGGCUUUGUUAGAUCUUUCGGAGUAGUCAUAGCUCUCGGUGCACUCUUACUGGGACCACUCGCCCAGCAAGUUGUCAAGUACGAAAGUAAGGCCGUGGAGAGCCUCGAGGGCGCCAGCGUCAACCGGGCGCUGAACUACACCGGAGCGCUACCAGGGACCACAUCUCCAACCGGUUUCGUGCCAAUCCUACCCCUGAAGUCCGCCGUAUACAACGGACUGUUCGCUGAGAACGGCCGGCCUGGCGCCUCGCUCGCCUUCGAGUGCCAGACUGGCAACUGCACUUGGGACCAUUAUGAGACUCUCGGCGUCUGCUCCGAGGGCAUUGACUUGACCCCCUUCAUCGACCAGUAUUGCGCGUCAAACGCAACGUUCGGCGAUUGCGGCUGGCAAGUGCCGCAAGGCGCAAAACUCAACAACAGUCUGGAAGUGUUCAGCAUGACGUCGCAGGUUCCCGCGGCGCACGGUGACCUGCCGCAUUCAAUGAUCAUGAAGCUCAUUUUCAUGGGCACCGAAGCGUACGAUGGUCUCGCGGGCGAAAUCAAGCCCUGGGCGAAGCAGUGCUCCCUUUCGGCCUGCGUACAGACGCUGGAGACGACAGUCUCGAACGGCGUCAUGAGCGAGACGGUGGUCCACUCAGAUGUCAACCAGACCAUCCUCGACAACACCGACCUCGACGACGGCCACGACCAUAACGUUUACAGUAUUGGUUCUGAUGGCUCCGCCUACAUGGUGAGCCUCGACGCCAUGCUCAGCAUGCGCGGCCCGGCCGCCUUCAACCGCACCGUGACGGAUAGCACGGUCGUCGUGAACCUGACCGUUGGCAUCUCGAGCGGCAAGACCUUCUUCGACCCUGACGUCGUGACGGAGGCGUUCUACUGGAACUACUACGAGUACGCCGACGGGCUCUACAUGCUGAUGCGCGACACGGCGACGUCGAUGACGGUCGCGUUCCGCGGCUUCGGGGCGGAUGCCGAGCCCGUCGCCGGCAGGGCGCUGUCGGAUGAGCUGCAUGUCAGUGUGCGUUGGGCCUUUGCCGUGUUUCCUGUCGUGCUUGUGUUUGGCACGGCGCUGUUUCUGGUGGCGGCGAUUUAUCACACCGAGAAGACGGGCACGCAGGUCUGGAAGAGUAGUGCUCUUGCUGUGCUGUUCCAUGGCCUUGAUGAUGAUACCAAAGCCCAGUUUGGGCACGUGUCGAAUUUGGAGGAGCAGAUGAGCGUUGCGAAAGACGUGAAGGUGCAGCUUGGUGAGUCGGAUGAUGGAGGGAGUCUCCUGAGGACCUGA